CAACCUCUUCCUUAUAAACCCUACUUUUUCUUGGGUUUACAGCCGACGCCUCCAUCAUCUAAGCUUCUUUCUUCAAUCUCAAGAUGGGCAAGAAAUCAAGCUCCAAGGUUGAUGCUGCUCCUGCUGUUGUUGCUCCAGAAAAGACCAUGAAGAAAGGGAACAAGCGAGAGGCUGAAGUUAUUAUGGAAAAGAAAAGCGCAAAAAAGCAGAAAAAAGGCUCUGGGUUGGAACAAGUCAUUGAAAAGAAGAAGGCUGAUGCUAAGACCCAGAAGAAGGUGGAAAGCAGUUCAGAGGAAAGUUCCUCUAGUUCUGAUGAAGAGCUUAAGAAACCUGCCCCCAAAACUUUAGCUCCUCCAAAAAAAAUCAAUCCUUCCAAAAAAGGGAAACAGUCAAGUGAUGAGAGUGAUUCUGAAUCUGAAGAUAGCAGCUCAGAUGAAGAGGUCACUGUUACCAAAAAAGUUCCUUCAGUCCCAGCCAAAAAUGGGGCAGUGAAUGGGAAGAAAGUUGCAUCAAGCUCAGAAGAGGAUAGUUCUGAUGAUGAUGAUACUCCCAUGAAGGAGGUUAGUGCUCCUGCACCUGCUCCUGCAAAAAAAGCUGCGAGUAGUUCAGAGGAAAGCAGCUCUGAAGAGGAUUCAAGUUCAGAUGAUGAGACCCCUGCUAAGAAGGCUCUUCCUAAGGCAUCUACGCCUGCAAAAAAAGUUGAAAGCAGUUCCGAGGAAAGUAGUUCUGAUGAAGAAGAUGACACCCCUGCCAAGACAAAGGCUCCUCCCAAGUCUUCUGUCCCUGCAAAAAAAGUUGAAAGCAGUUCAGAUGAAAGCAGUUCUGAUGAUGAGGAUGACACACCUGCCAAGACAAAGGCUCCUCCUAAGACAUCUGUCCCUUCAAAAAAGGUUGAAAGCAGUUCAGAUGAAAGCAGUUCUGAUGAUGAGGAUGACACCCCUGCCAAGAAAAAGGGUCCUCCUAAGACAUCUGUCCCUGUAAAAAAAGUUGAAAGCAGUUCAGAUGAAAGUAGUUCGGAGGAUGAGGAUGAUGCCCCUGCCCAAAAGAAGGCUCCUGCUAAGGCAUCUGUUCCUGCAAAAAAAGUUGAAAGCAGUUCAGAUGAUAGUAGCUCUGAUGAAGAUGAUGCUCCAGCUGCUGCUCCAUCUAAGAAAACAUCAAAUGGAACUGACAUUAAAAUGAAAACUGAUGAUGAAAGUGAAGAAACCAGUUCAGAAGAUAGUGAAGAUGAGGAGCCACAAAAGAAGGCCACAAAGAAGAGUAGUUCUGAAGACUCAUCUUCAGAGGAGUCCAGUGAGGAGGAAGAAGAGGAGCCUUCAAAGACUCCAAAGAAGGCUAAAGAUGCUAAAAUGGUUGAUGCAACUAGUAAGGCUCAGAGUGAAAAGAAAGCUCCUAAGACACCAGCCACCCCCAGAGCACCAGAGCAAGAAUCAAAAACUAUCUUCAUUGGAAAUUUGUCAUGGUCAAUUGAUAAUGCUCAUGUAGAAGAUUUCUUUAAAGAUGUUGGAGAGAUAAAAGAAGUUCGUUUUGCUUCCUCCGAGGAUGGGAAUUUCAAGGGUUAUGGGCAUGUUGAGUUUACCACUAGUGAGGCUGCCACCAAGGCUCUGGAACUAAAUGGUCAACAACUGUUGGGCCGCGAGGUGAGACUUGACCUAGCAAGAGAGAGAGGUCCUUUUACUCCCAAAAGUGAUUACCACAGUGGGAAACGUGAAAAUUCUUUCCAGAAACAAAGCAGUGGUGAAGGUACAACUAUAUUUGUCACGGGCUUUGACACAAAUGAUGAAGAAGAUCAGAUAAGGAGUGCUCUCGAAGAUCAUUUUGGUGACUGUGGAAAAAUCAUACGCACGAGACUUCCAACCAACCCCGAUGGAUCUGUGAAAGGGCUGGGAUACAUUGAGUUUACUGACAACGAAGCGAUGACCAAAGCCCUGGAACUGAACCGGUCCUCUUUAGGAGGCAGCACCUUGAAAGUGGUGGAGUCUAGGCCAAGGGACAACAGUGGUGGUGGAGGUAACAGAGGUCGUUUUGGUGGGGGCGGAGGAAGUUGGGGCGGGCGUGAUGGGGGUCGUAGCGGCGGCAGAUCAAGCAGAGGUGGCCGUGAUGGAGGUAGGUUUGAUCGCGGUGGAAGGAGUGGUGGAAGAAGGGGUGGAAGGACUAGUAGCAUUACCCCCUCAGGUAAGAAGACAACCUUUGGUGAUGAUUGAGGCUGUCGUCAGGUUUUUUGGGGACCACCGCAAGCUCUUCUUUUAUUUAUUGAAAAAGACAGUGAAGGGCAUUUUGGAGAUUAUUGUUAUUUUGAUAUUAACUGAGAUUAGUUGUGUUUUUUAAUAUUGCCAGAUUUUGUGUGGUGUUUUUUUUUAUAUUUACAUUUUGUCGUAGUGGUGUACUUUCCGAUUUACCUGUCCGUUAUAAAAAAACCGAAUUUCCGUUAAGUUUAUUACCU